CCAGAAAUAAUGGACGAAUCCCAUUUCAACUCGUCCUACUUUUGGUCUCCCGUCCCCACUGUACAAGGACAGAUCGAGAGUGCCAUGUUCCUGAACAAAACUAAGGAGCAGCUCGGCGGCGAGAAGACCGGCGCGUCUGCGUUUCCGCAUUCGGCGGCGUCCUCCGCAGGCCCGCAUUAUCCGACGGCAGUGCUCGCCAUACCUGGCUCAGUGGAGGCCGGCGCUGGGCUGAGGGUGGUCACGAAACAGGAGGGCAGCGGCUCAGCUGGAGGUGGCGGAAGCGCGUCCAUGGGCUCUGUCGGUGGUCAUGUGCACCCGUCGCACACGUCGCAGAACGUCACUGUUGUGCCUGUUCCUUCCACAGGAAUCAUGACUGCAGCGGGCCUGGUCAUUACAACCCCACAAGGAACGCUGGUACCCACUGCCUCCACGCAGUCGUUUGCAGGUGGACCUCACUCCGCCGCAACCAUGAUCGUAUCUGCAUUGCAUCCCUCAAACGCAGACAAGAAGAGUGACAUGUCAGGGGGGCCAGCCGUCGUCAUGUCGACACCGAGCAAGCGAGGCAGGAAGAGCAAGCAGACGCUAAACAGAACGAGCAGUGCCCUUCCGCCAGGAAGUGACGCAUUAAUACUGGCGCACCUUGCUGCCACUGGGCAGCACCAUUCCGCCGAUCCUUACGACCUGUCCAACGAUGAGGAUGACCACUCCAGUAAAGAUGGCCCCAAAUCGUACAGAUGUCGGAUGUGCGCCGUGACCUUCUUCAGCAAGUCGGACAUGCAAAUCCACGCAAAGUCGCACACGGAGGCCAAGCCUCACAAGUGUCCCCACUGCUCCAAGUCCUUCGCCAACUCUAGCUACCUGUCGCAGCAUAUCCGCAUCCACAGCGGGGCCAAGCCCUACAGCUGCACUUACUGCCAGAAAGCCUUCAGGCAACUCAGCCACCUGCAGCAGCACACACGCAACCACACUGAGGCCAAGCCCCACAAGUGUCCCCACUGCUCCAAGUCCUUUGCCAACUCCAGCUACCUGUCCCAGCACAUCCGAAUCCACAGCGGGGCCAAGCCCUACAGCUGCACCUACUGCCAGAAAACCUUCAGGCAGCUCAGCCACCUGCAGCAGCACACACGGAUUCACACGGGUGACCGACCAUACAAGUGUAACCAUCCUGGCUGUGAAAAAGCUUUUACUCAACUCUCCAACCUGCAGUCUCACCGACGUCAGCACAACAAGGACAAGCCGUUCAAGUGCCACAACUGCAACCGCGGUUACACGGACGCCGCAAGCCUGGAGGUGCACCUGUCCACGCACACAGUCAAGCACGCUAAGCUCUUCUCCUGCGGCCUCUGCAACCGCUCUUACACCUCGGAAACUUACCUGAUGAAACACAUGAGAAAGCACAACCCCGACACUCUAACACCAGCCGAGCAGGCGCAGGGCCUUGGCUCGGGACGGGGCCGCGGGCGUGGCAGGGGGAGAGGUCGAGGGGGUUCACUUCAAGGUCAGGCCAACCCUAACAGCGCCGGCCAGAACCCUAACGCCGGGCCCCCCAGUGGUUACCAGCCCGGCGAAGGGGUCAUCCCGUGUCCCUUCGAUCUCCACCAGUACAAGACAGUGGCGGCUGGCGAGAUCCAGUACAAACCCGGCACGGUGGCAGACCACAAAGACCUAUGCCUCACCGUCUCCACUUCCGCCAUCCAGGUGGAGCACAUGAACUCGUAG